AUGGAAUAUGAUCGCCCUUACACUACCGCUAGCCGUGUUUACUUGCCACAAAUUACCAACUUGACUCCAUAUUCAGGAAGACCCAAAAAGAAGAAAAAAAAGAAGAAGCCCAAAGGAGAAAGUAUAGGCGUCUAUCCCGCUACACCCAUACAGAUUUUCAUCGAUACACGAAAGGUCGCAGACAUUGAUGCACAAAAUCAUGAGAACAGAACCUUCAUCCACGUUGCUGAAAAUCCAACACGAAAAUCAGGUAAUCAUUUUUCAUGGAACCCAAUGUAUUAUAACGUAAUUAAUAGGACUAUCAUUUAUAAGUAUUGCAAAUAGAU